AUGUCUUCUUCAACAUUCCUCUCGGUCCCUUUGAAAAAUACCGUUGAAGUGGACUUGGUGAAACCACUGACAUCCUAUAUUGAGAACAUUUAUCAAGGAGCAAAGGGCGACAACGUUGAAGUGAAAGAAGCUGUUAAUGAACUAAAUAAGUUGAGAAAUAGAACUUGUUUGCAGCCGCUGGAUAAACACCAAACCGCCUUGGACUUACUGACACGGUAUUACGACCAGUUAGUUGCUAUUGAAAAUAAAUUACCCAUAACUGCUACUCAAAAUCCAGUUUCGUUUAAGUGGAAAGAUGCUUUCGACAAGGGAUCUUUGUUUUCAAGUCGAGCAUCCCUAACCUUAAGUGAUAGUAAAUUUGAACGUGCAGCAGUUUUAUUUAACUGUGGCGCUCUGAUGUCGGCAAUUGCAGCCGCACAACCUAUGAAUACGGAUGAAGAAAUGAAAACUGCCGCUAAAUUGUUUCAACAAGCCGCUGGAGUUUUUGCUCAUUUAAGAGAUACAGUGCUGGGAUUAGUCCAUCAAGAGCCAACACCGGACCUUUUACCUGAUACCUUGUCUGCAUUGUCUGCGAUUAUGUUAGCCCAAGCCCAAGAAGCCAUUUAUAUAAAAGCUGCAAGAGAUAAAAUGAAACCUGCUGCUCUUGUAAAGAUUUCUGCUCAGUGUUCGGAAUAUUAUAAUGAAGCACAGAAAGCGCUGCAUCGAGACACUGUUCGUGGCACAUUUGAAAAGGAGUGGCUGCAUGUAGUAACAGGAAAAAGCCUAGCUAUGAGUGCCCUAGCUCAGUACCAUCAGGCACAGGGGAAUGGUGAGGCCCGACAAAUUGGAGAACAGCUGAGUCGCCUGACGCAAGCAGUUACUUUAGUACAGCAGGCUAAAAGCUACAUUGAAGCGUCUCAGUUUGGCACUCAGCUGAAUGAAAUUGAAAAAGCCUUCCAGUUAGUCAAGAAAGACAACGACUUUAUUUACCACGAAAAGAUAGCUGACUUUCGAAGCCUUCCUGCUCUUCCAAAGGCUCCACUUGCUAAACCACUACCAGUUAACCACCCAAUUACACCGCGCUUUAAAGACAUGUUCUCGUCACUUGUUCCUGUGCAAGUUCAUCAGGCGCUCGCUUCAUACGAAUCGCGCAAAGCAGAUUUGAUUAAUAUGGAAACUGGAAGACUUCGUGAACAUACUCAGAUAAUGAACGGGAUAUUGGCUUCCUUAAACUUACCAGCAGCUCUUGAUGAUGCAAUGAACCAAGAAGCUUUGCCAGAGUCUAUAAAACAGAAAUCUGCGAAGGUUAAAAGUAACGGUGGCAUUGAUAAACUGAAUAACUUGUUUGACGACCUACCAGGUUUACUGAAGCGAAAUCAAGAAAUUCUCAACGAGACUUUGCGUUUGCUGAAUGAAGAACAAGAAAAUGAUAAAAAUCUGCGCAACCAGUUCAAGGAGAAAUGGACUCGUAUGGCUUCCGAAAGUUUAACAGGCCCGCUUUAUCAAGAAAUUGGAAAGUACACGGGAAUAUUGAAUUCUGCAACGGCAGCAGAUAACAUUGUUAAGGAAAAGCUAGCUGAACAUAAAGAGGCAAUAAAACUUCUAAGCUCAACGGAACCUGAACUUCGGGCUGCAGUUCCUGGAUUGGAUCCUGCAAGUUCUAAUAGCAACUCUGAGUCAGUACGCAAGUUACGUGAACUGAUGAAUUUAGUGCAGGAAAUUAAGGUUGAAAGGGAGAAAUUAGAAAAGGAAUUUGCUGCUGUUCACUGUGAUAUGAGUAACGAAUUUCUGAAAACGAUGAAAGAAGGAGAAACAUUUAGUGAGGAAAAAGUUUCAACAGCUAAGCUUGAUCAGUUGUAUGGUCCUUUGCGUGCAAAAGUCAACGAGAGCAUAACUAAGCAGGAAAAGUGCCUUGCUGAAGUUGAGUUGUGGAACAAAAAGUUCUGUACCGAGAAAGCAAGUACAGCGAAUGCUGUAGAGAGGGAACGUAUACUGAAGAUGUUGGCUAACGGCCAUGAUAAAUAUUUGGAGAUAAAAUCUAACCUGGAAGAAGGGACAAAGUUCUACAACGACUUGACACCUCUGCUUAUGCGACUUCAGCAAAAAGUGUCAGACUUUUGUUUUGCGCGACAAACGGAAAAAGAAGAUUUAAUGAAACAGCUUCAGCAGAAUAUUGUGUCUGGGAGCAGUAGUAGUACAUCGAGCUCAUCUGCUCCUCCUCGCCCUCCACCGCCAAAAACCCAGCCAUCUACAAAUCCUUUUGAUGUGGAACCCCCCAUCGCCCCACCUCGAAACAUCAGUCUCCAGAGUAUGUUUGAAUUUUUUAAUUUUGCUAGAGUUUUAGGUCAACCUGUGCAGUUUCCUUACCAGGGACAAAUGCCUUACGUGGCUCCUCAGUUCAACCAAAAUUACACGACACCAUAUCCCAUUGCUUAUCCAGGCACUUACCCAGGUGCCUUCAAUCCAUCGUCCGGUAAAUUUAUUUUCUUUACCGAGUGGCUCAUCUCACAUAGUGAGGAGGGGGAUGGGGCAUUUGCAGUAUGUGCAGAUUUUGGGCAGUUUCCACCUCAGCCGCAGUAG